AUAAUGUUAAAUUAAAGAAGAAAAAGCGAGUGACCAAUACCAACCAGUCAAAAUCGCACACGUGGAAUUUCAGCCAAUCACAUGGCGAGUGCUUUAAAGCGUACUCUCGCACGCGUGUUUCUUUGCAGAACAAUUGUUUUCUCUUGUCACGUGCGAGUGGCGUGCCCUUCUCCCAACGCGCAUAUCGUGGUCUCGCUAACGACGGAGUAGGCUUCACGAGAACUUUCCACUAUUUCACAGCACAGAGGGAGUGAGAGUGGCGCAGAGAAUGAGGAAAAUGGCGAAAACUGUGGAGGCUAGGGUUUCGAUGUGGUUCUGCAUCUUUGUUGUCUCUCUCCUUGUGUCCUCGAUCGUCGCCGAUGAUGCUGGCGAAUCGAAGGAGUACGUCUUGACCCUUGGGCAGGGCAACUUCAGCGAUGUCGUUAGCAAGCAUAACUUCAUCGUCGUUGAGUUCUACGCUCCUUGGUGUGGACACUGUAAGAAUCUUGCGCCAGAGUAUGAAAAGGCUGCUUCUGUGUUGAGCAGCCAUGACCCUCCGAUUCUUCUGGCUAAAGUCGAUGCAAAUAACGAAGUGAACAGAGGGCUCGCGAGUCAAUAUGAGGUCAGGGGUUACCCGACUCUAAAGAUCUUGAGAGACGGAGGAAAGGUCGUCCAGGACUACAAAGGUCCUCGUGACGCGGAUGGCAUUGUGUCUUAUCUAAAGAAACAGAGUGGCCCUGCAUCAUUCGAAAUUAAAUCAGCAGAAGAUGCUACCAACUUCAUAGGGGAGAAGAAGAUAGCUAUUGUUGGAGUCUUCCCGAAGUUCUCUGGUGAGGAGUUUGAGAACUUCAUGGUGCUUGCUGAGAAAUUACGCUCGGAUUUUGAGUUUGGUCAUACAUUGGAUGCCAAACAUCUUCCACGUGGGGAGUCUUCUGUGAGUGGGCCUUUGGUUAGGCUCUUUAAGCCCUUUGAUGAACUGUUUGUUGACUUCAAGGACUUCAAAGUGGAUGCUAUGGAGAAGUUCAUUGAAGAAUCUAGCCUUCCAAUUGUCACGAUCUUUGACAAAGAUCCAAGUAACCACCCAUAUGUCAUAAAGUUCUUCAACUCUGCAAACUCGAAGGCAUUGUUGUUCAUGAACUUCACCGGGGAAGAAGCUGACUCAUUCAGAACAAAGUACCGUGAAGUGGCUGAGCAAUACAAGGGAGAAGGCUUCUGCUUCCUUUUGGGGGAUGUCGAGAACAGUCAAGGAGCAUUCCAGUAUUUCGGACUGAGAAGUGAGCAAGUACCUCUAAUUAUCAUCCAAAAGAAGGAUGGAGAGAAAUACCUGAAACCCAAUUUGGAGCCCGAUCAACUUUCAUCCUGGGUCAAGGACUUUAAGGAUGGCAAAGUCCCACCAUUUAGGAAAUCUGAACCUAUCCCGGCAGAGAAUGACGAGCCCGUGAAAGUAGUUGUCGGUGACACUAUGGAAUUCAUGGUUCUCAACUCGCCAAAGAAUGUCCUGCUUGAGUUCUACGCGCCUUGGUGUGGACAUUGCAAGAAGCUGGCUCCAAUCUUGGACGAAGUGGCCUUUUCGUUCCAAACAGACUCAGAUGUCGUCAUUGCGAAACUUGAUGCAACAGCGAACGAUUUCCCAGGGGACAAGUUUGAAGUGAAGGGUUACCCGACUCUGUAUUUCAAAUCGGGGAGCGGAAAGAUAGUUCAGUACGAGGGAGACAGGACGAAAGACGACAUCAUCAAGUUCAUCCACUCAAACCGGGACAAAGCGGCGGAAUCUCCAACCGCUACAGCUGAGACCGAGUUGGAAGAACCGUCAAAGGAUGAGCUCUGAGGGAGAGAAGGGUCGGUCCAAAAUCUUGGUUGAUGCGUAAUAAGGAGUGGUGAUUUUGUUCGUGACAUAACGUUAUAGCUCUGAUUUCUUUUCUUUCUUUUCACGUAGAGGAUCCCAGAACUCGUCUUGUUAGGUGAAUUCCAAUGUUUACUUAAAUCAUUUUUCAAGAUGA